GGAGGCGUGGGCUGGGGGGCUUGCACACAAACAGUGCACGGAGCGGGGGACGGGCUGCAGAGGUGUAGGGGGUGGCACGCAUGGGGGUGUGUAUAGUGGGAACGAGGCUGAGCACACGGGGGUGCAACGGGAAGGACUUGUGCGCUCAGGGUUGCACACGCUGGUGUGUAAUAGUGGGAAGGAGGCUGAGUGCACGGGGGGGUUGCACACAUGGGGUGUAAUAGGAGGGACUUGUGCGCACAGGGUUGCAUAUGAUGGUGUGUGUAGUGGAAAAGGGGCUGAGCACGCAGGGGGUUGCACACAUGGGGGUGUAGAGUAGGGUUGUAAAAUAGCUAACCAGUUAAAUGAUUACAGUUCCAUGGUUAGCCGUUGGUGGGCUGGCGCAGGGCAGGCAGGGUCCCACCUGACUGCUGUGGCACAAUCAGAGCCCCCGCCUGCCCAGUGGGGCUGGUGGGGAUUCAGCCAGCCGGCCCAACACAGGGUGGCUAUCUGGUAGGCCUAAUGCUUACCAGUGUUCCCCCUCUCCUGCGUGGUGCAGAAUUAUGCCUGGGGGAAGAUUGGGCUGGAGAGCGAAGUGGCCAAGCUGCUGACCAGCAAUGAUCCACUGGCCCAGAUAGAUCCAGACAAGCCAUACGCUGAGCUCUGGAUGGGAACCCACCCCAGAGGAGACGCUGUUAUUCUGGAUAAUCGAAUCCCCCAGCGGACCUUGGGACAGUGGAUAGCAGAUAAUCCGGGCUGCCUGGGAUCCAAGGUCAAGGAGACCUUCCAGGGCCAGCUGCCGUUCCUGUUCAAAGUGCUGUCGGUGAACACGGCCCUGUCCAUCCAGGCCCAUCCCAACAAGGAGCUGGCCGGGAAGCUUCACGCCCAGUUUCCCGAGCACUAUCCGGAUGCCAAUCACAAGCCAGAGAUGGCCAUUGCGCUGACCCCUUUCCAGGGCAUGUGUGGCUUCCGGCCCGUGGAGGAAAUCGUGGCUUUUCUGCAGAAGGUCCCCGAGUUCCGGGCGCUGAUCGGCAACGUGGCAGCGGAGCAGCUGGAGCGCAGCGUGUGCGACGACCCCCGGGGCGUCUCUGCCGCCCUGCGCGUCUGCUUCACCCGGAUGAUGAAGAGCGAGAAGAAGGUCUUUGUGGACCAGCUGAACAUGCUGGUGAAGAGGAUUUCCCAGGAAGCUGCUGAAGGGAAGGACGCCUCGGAGAGCAGCGGGAAGCUCUUGCUGCAGCUGCACUCGCAGUUCCCGGGAGACAUCGGCUGCUUUGCCAUUUACUUCCUGAACUUGGUGAUGCUGCAGCCAGGAGAGGCCAUGUUCCUGGGGGCCAACGAGCCUCAUGCCUACCUGUAUGGAGACUGCAUCGAGUGCAUGGCCUGUUCCGACAACACCGUGCGGGCCGGCCUGACGCCCAAGUUCAUCGACGUGCUCACUCUGUGUGAGAUGCUGAACUACACGCCCGCGCCCAGCAGCGCCAAGGUCUUUGCCCCCACCCAGAGCCGCCUGGAUCCGUGUCUCUACCUCUACGACCCGCCCAUCCCCGACUUCACUGUCAUGAAAAUAGAGAUCCCCUCCUCUAUUAAGCUGUACCUCAUCUCCGCUGUUGACUCUGCCAGUAUCCUGCUGGUGAUCCAAGGCACGGCCGUGGCCACCUCCACUGCUGCGGUGUCUGAAAUGACCCUGCGCCGGGGCUCGGUGCUUUUCAUCUCUGCCAACGAGAGCAUCUCCCUGCACCUGUCCUCUCCGGAUGGAAUGCUGCUUUUCCGAGCCUGCUGCCUCCUCUAGUCUGGGAUGCGUGGCACCUUCCCUGCUGCGACUCCACUUAGAGUAGAUAGAAACUGGCCUGUGCAAACUAGACUUGCCCAGGGUGGGGUAGCUUAAACCUUGCCCCCAAACCAUGGUCAUCACCCACAGCAGCAGGGUCCCAAUGUGUAGAAGCAGCAUCUCCCAGCAUGCCUCUUUCAGCUCCUGGCCUUAUGUGAAGUGCUGGGAGGAAGAGGCCAUUUCCUCUCUUCACACCCCCCCCC